AUGUUUUCAACUGCAAAAUUGUUAAUUUGGCCUGAAGAGAAGGCGUCGGAGAACGCAGAACGUAGUCAUCAAGUGGACAGUUUGAAUUUGUUGAUAUUCGUCUGCCUCCUGAUUUUGACCAUCUUGACCGUCUGGCUGUUCAAGAGAGUGCGCAUUCGAUUCGUACACGAGACUGGCCUAUCCAUUAUUUAUGGUUUGAUAGUUGGAGCAAUAAUUAAGUACAGUUCAUCUCGGUUGUUUCCCCAUCCAAGCAUGCCACAGGUUGAGUCCACAGCAGUGUUUAACAAUGUAACAACUCCCCAGACAUCACCAAAUUAUUUAAUUGCGAGCAGCAUUGCUACAUUUAUGAACAUAACAGAACCACCUGACCAAGUCAAGGACAUCACAGCAACUUUUGAUCCUGAAGUCUUCUUCAAUGUACUUCUACCUCCCAUUAUAUUUCAUGCUGGCUACAGUAUGAAAAAGAAGCACUUUUUCAAAAACUUUGGAACGAUUGCCCUGUUUGCAUUUGUUGGUACACUCGUGUCUUCAUUCGUGACUGGUGUAAUCAUGUUCCUGUUCAUGUACUUGACUGGAGCAUUCUGGUUGUUUGGAGAUUGCCUCAAGUUUGGAUCACUUAUAUCAGCCACUGAUCCAGUGUCAGUCUUAACGAUCUUCAAUGACCUGAAUGUUGACGUUGACCUCUAUGCACUUGUGUUCGGGGAGAGUGUCUUGAAUGAUGCAGUUGCCAUUGUGCUUGUUAGGUCAGUUUCAAAUGUUUCCUCUCUUCAAUGCAACUCCUCCUCUGGAUUUGAUGGCUUGGCAGUAGUUCGAUCUGUUGGAAACUUUAUUAUUGUAUUCUUUGGAGCAUUUGCACUUGGUAUUGCAAUGGGUUUUGUAACUGCUUUGAUGACCAAGUUCACUCACAUCAAAGACCACCCACUGUUGGAAAGUUCCUUGUUCGUUCUCAUGAGUUACUGCACAUUUUUAGCCGCAGAAGCUGCUCAAAUGACAGGAAUAGUGGCAUUGUUAUUUUGUGGCAUCUGUCAAGCCCACUACACAUACAGCAACAUGUCGACAGAAUCCAAGGCUCGAACUAAACAGGUUUUUGAACUACUGAACUUCCUGGCUGAGAAUUUUGUCUUUGUCUACAUUGGCGUGUCAACUUUCACUUUCAAGAAACACAUUUGGAACAUUCCUUUCAUCUUCAUGGCAUUUUUUGCAAUAAUAAUAGCUCGAGCUCUUAACAUCUACCCACUCUCUCUUCUCUUAAAUAUCGGGAGGACGCCCAAAAUUCCUGCAAACUUUCAACAUUUCAUGAUGUUCAGUGGUCUAAGAGGGGCAAUGGCAUUUGCUCUGUCCAUACGAGGCACCAGCACGAAGGAGGAGUGCACCAUCUUCACAACCACCUUGGUCAUCGUCAUGUCCACCAUCAUCCUCUCUGGUGGAUUCACGACUCAAAUGCUCUCCUGGCUCAAGAUCAAAGUCGGACUACCCGAACAUGGAGAAACUCAAGGAUUUGAAACACUCCACUCUGUUGGUCCCUUUUGUCUGUUCCUUCGUCCUCAGAGGUAUGUCAUGGACCAAUCAUCUUCCAGAUCACUGAUUAACAGGUAUGGCUUCUUCAGGCUGUGGUACAUGUUUGACAGCAGGUUUUUGAAACCCCUUCUAACUCAUUCACGCCCGCCUCUCACAGACACCCUGCCCAAAUGUUGCCUCCCACUUUCUCUGCUGCUGACUACCGAGCAACAAAAGCAACAGGUACGAGCUGUGUGGUGUUACUUUCUACGGGGAUGCAUUCAUCUGUUACAUUUCAAUUAUUGCGUCGUAACAUUUUUAUAG